UCAACGCUGUCUUGUUUCUUUAUUUAAGACCCUAAUAUAAUUCACAAACUACCACAAACAAGAGCAAAAAAAAAAUGGUGUCCUUAACAUCAUCAUCUUCUUCAACACCAAAGAUAUCUUUUGAUUUUACCAAGAACAACAUCACUACCAGUUUCAAUGUCCCUGUCUCUUCUUCUGCUUCUACUUACUUGAAAAGCAAGGAAGAAGCUGUUGUCACAACCAAUAAGCUCAUGGAACACUGCAAACUCCUAAACAUCAAUCCAAAAGGUGAUCCGGAGCUUGUAGAUGAGAAGCAAAUGGUGAAGAAAGCUCUUGAAGAUCCAGAGAUAGGUGUGUUUGGAGCUGAGAAGUACUUUAGUGGAGACAUGGAUUCAGACCAGAGUUCAAGUGUUCUGUCUCUCAAAAACCCAGAAGUUGUUGAUUUGAAGCAGAGGGAGAAGAAAUCUACUGGAGCGCCGAGUCUCCGCUCUGAAUCAAGCUGGAAUAGUCAGAGCAUGUUGCUUCAAAACAAAUUGGAGAACACCUGUAACGGUUACGUGCAGGAGAAGAAAAUCAAUAGUGGCCAGAUUCAAAAGGUGGUCAACAAUAAGAAGAGCUUUCUCUUGAAUCUAGGGUGUAAAUGCGCAUGUUCAGAUGGGAUCUCAGUAGAUGUUGAUGAUAAGAUCUUGGUUAAGAGAAGCUCUGAUCCGAUCAAGAUUCAGAAGCAAGAAGAGUUGGUGCAGAGGAAGUCUCUUGAAGUUGCUCAAAAGAAACUCACAUUGCCUCCAUGGCAAUCAAUAACAGAUGAAGAAGACACAAAGAGUGAAGGAAGUGAUACAAGCUCGGAUCUUUUCGAGAUAGAUAAUCUUACAGGGAAAACAAAACCUUUUCUUGCAAGGCAAGGAAGUGACUCUGUUUCAACCACAUGUUAUGCUCCAAGUGAAGCAAGCAUAGAGUGGAGCAUAGUGACUGCAAGUGCUGCAGAUUUCUCUGUUAUGUCAGCAUGUGCAACAAGCCCUCUAGGAAGAAACCGAUCUCUUCAGAUCCCUACCAAAACCGCACCGCAAAGACUGAAACCUAACAAUGGAAGUGGUGGUUUUCUGAGCUGCAAGAGUCAUAAAUCGGUUAUGGUUUCUAGUAAUUCAGACAGAAGAAGUAGCAUGAACAAGAACAAGACAUGCCCAAAUUAUGUUCCAAGACAUCCCCAAGUUAUGGACAGUACUACUAAACGUAAGAGUUUCGAAACAAGAAGAAGGAUCAAUAACAGCUCACCAUCACCUCUUCUAUACAGUCAGUACUGAUUACAUAAUGUCUUGUUGAGUUUUUUAUUAUUAUUAUUAUCACAACUUCAUCUUCCACAUGGAAAUAAAAAUGGUCUUUGAGGGUUUCUUAGAGACCUCUCUUGCACCUUUAGAAAACACAGAUCCAUAAUGCAGCAAAAUGAUCAGACAAUAUUCAAGAAUUGAUUCCACCA